AUGAGCACCCUCUCAGUCAACUACGAAAGCGACGCGGCCAGCGAUGAGCGACCGAGUUCGCAGCCCGCAUGCCCCAAAAUACACGCAAAUUUUCAAAUUGCCCGACCACCACCCAAAUCAUCGCUCAAGCUCUCUCCGAAAUUAUUACUACAAAUCCAACAACUCUCGCAAAACCACCGCCCAGUCCCCGUUCUAGAAAUAUGGCAGCCCCCGUUGCGAAAAUCAAAAUUGACCCGCGAAUUUCCUCAGCGGCCAAAACUACGGGCGGGCGAUAUCUACGCGACUCUUGAUGAACCAUACAUCUCCAGCGCACCCGUGAGACGGAAAGAAUUCACGAAAUCUGACUCGCAGGAGAGCACGAGCAGCAAUCUUCAGAAUAAAGAUAUCGUAGCUGCCAUCUGUCAAUCCACGGGCGAUAAGGCCAAGACCUCAACCAUAUACUUUCGCGACGCACAGUGCAGCUGGCAGGCCAGCGUGGGCACCGCAGGUCCUGAGAACACACCAUGCUACCGAUUUACCAUCAACGAUGAGAACAGAGACAAGAGCGAUCCGGGACGGAUGAUUAUGCAAUGGGAAAAGCGCGGCUUUGCUGGCAAGGAUGAGAAUGCUUCACAACCUUUCAAUUCAGAUCAGUUCGUUCUGGUAUUGAUUGAUCGCAAGGCACGGCGAAAGAGCCGCAUAGCAACAAUGACCCCUGGUGGGUUGGAAAUCAUGGUCCGCAAAACUUCUAUCAUGGAGCAUCUGCAGGUGUGCUUGGAUUUAACCAUUCCUAUGUCGACGCCAAAAAGCGGCGAUUGGGAUGCCCAUGAGAACCUGGAAAUGUGGCUGUACACUCACGUUCUUACUUUGGGGUUAUGGGUCGCCCAGCAAGAAGGAUGGCUUGGCGAAGUAAAAUAG